GGGGCCUUGGCCUCACGUGAUCCCGCGCUCCCGGUUGCCGACGCUUUCCAGCUGGUGCCACCCGGUCCCGGGACGAAAGGACCGUUUGAAGCCACGGAUUCGCUCCACGGCCGAGGGCGAGGCUGGCGUUGGUAGGGGCCGGUGGGAACAGCAGAAAGCCGCCAUGUCGAGCGGGACGGACACAGAGAAGGCGAAGCCAUUCAAGCUUCUAGGAAUAUUGGAUGUGCAGAACACUCCAUGUGCUCGAGAAUCUGUUCUGUAUGGAUCCGCUGGUGCUAUAGUAGCUGGACUUGGUCACUUCCUAGCAACAAGCAGAGUAAAGCGGUCUUUUGACUUUGGUGUGGGGGGCUUUCUACUUACAACUUUGGGAACUUGGAUGCUCUGCCGGUACCAGAAUGCAAAACUACGAAUCCAGCAGCGAAUGGUGCAGGAAGGUAUGAAAAACAAGUUGACAUUCGAAGGAACUGAAAUGGAUCCUACCCGAAAAUCAGAUAGAAGCAACUGAAACAGCCAUGGAAGUAACUCAUAGGCCAUUGGCCCUGACAGCAGUGCGGUUUGGAACCAGAAAGUUUUAAUUACUAGCGAGUUCAAAGAAUCAACUUUCCUACCUUGACUGUACUGCUUGUUUAAGGAAACUGAGAGUUUUUCCAGAAUUGGGAUAUCUAACAUAUAAGUAAUUUGUUCCUAUAUAAGGGGAAAUGACCAAGAUAACAUUUGGCUCUGUUUUGAUGAUAAGUAUUUAUUAUUACCAUGACAAGGUUACAAACAAUCUCUAGAUGACAUAGUCUAAUUUUGAAUGUUUUGUGUAAACUGACAUUUUGGAUGUACAAUCUCUUUCUUUUUGCAAAUUUGUUGAAAGCUAAAGCAGGUUGACAUGUUUAAAACCAUCUUCGAGACUUGCACAGAUUUGGGUCAUCAUUUCAUUUUGGCUUCUUGGUUGGAGUUAUGGCAAUGAGUGUAAGCUGGUGAAUUUAUUUGGAAAAUACAAACCAGAGGAGCCUUUCAGUUCCUUAACCCCUCCCCGGCGACUUUUUUUGGAGAAAACGUUUCAUUUUCAGACGAAUUUUUUUAUUGCUUUUUUUUAAUAGUAUUUUUAAUGCUGAUUAUAGAAAUAACUUUUGUUUUUAUCUAUUUCCAAUAUUUUACUUGAAAUUUUAUUUUGAAGAUACCGUUUUUGGCACAAAAAAAAUUGGUCUUUCAAGUAGUUCAUCUUUUGACCAGUUCAUUUCUUGAUCUGGCAUUUUCACAAUACCCCCAAGCAUUUUCAAGGCGAAAAACACACAAGUUUCUGCCUUUGUUACAGGGCGCCCCAUACAAUCUGUUUCUCCAGUUUGUUCAGAAAGCGAUUAGUUUCGUCCACAACUUGAUCAAUAAUUCUGUUGUCACAUGAAAGACUAAAACAUUCCAAAGGAGUCAUAUCAGCUGUGUCUUGAUCAAUUGAUAUUCCAGGAUUUCCAGUGAAUGGGGAGCUUGGUGGUGGAGGAAGCAUGCAUUCUUCCGACACCACAUGUCAACACAAUUCGUCCAUCCUCCUCCUCCUCACUUGAGAGAGAAUAGCCAUUAUCAGACGAGCUUGCACUCUCAUCCGAUGUAUCCAAGCUUCUAAUAGAAGGUUCAUACUCAUUGUCAUCUCCUGAGCUCGACAAAACACAGAAAAAAACCGAAUGACAGUGUGUGCCCAAAAGCGGUGCGUCGACGCUUCUUGCAAUGCCUGAGGCGGAAGAGACACAGCUACCAGACAUAUGAGUCACCGAGUAUACUCAUUUCUAGCUGAGAAGGGCCCAGAAAUGCCGAGAAUUGAUGUGUAAUCUCGUCUGUGGCUGUUUUUGAAAUUAUAUGUUUUCGACAAGUUUACUCGUCGCACUCUGAAAAAGACAAAUUUGGUGAAGACAAGCUAACGCGUCUUUGCUGGGUAAGGGGUUAAACCUGUUUCACCACUUAUUGAGAUCAUUGUCUGAUCCACCUGCCUGAACUCUCUAUUCUUUUAUAACUUUGUCUGAUAAAUAGCUGUUGACCCCACAUUUUAAAAUAAUGAUUGAAGAAGCAUCCACUGCUUUUUAUAGAGGAGCAUUCCACUCUUCUACCAGCCUUUGUGUGAAAUGUUUCCUACAUUCUCUCCUGAAUUGCCUAGAUCUGAUAUAAGCUCAAUGUCACCUUCCCCUAGACAGAGAAAUGGUUCAUUUUAUCUAUGUUUCUUUACAUUUCUGCCUGAAGGUAGUUACAACCCACAAUGUUGGGAUCUCUAAUACAGAAGGAAGGCAUGUCAUGAAACCUCCACAGACAGAAUAUGAAUUGAAACCUAUGCUUUUGGAACUGAGCUGAUCAACAGUAUCCUCAAGCUAACUAAGUUAAAAGACAUGAUGACUUCUCUGGACAUUCAGUUGUAUUACCAUUGCAGGAUGUCCCACUAUCAACAUCUCUAUAGUUAGAAUUAACCAGAAGCUUAAUUGGACCGGUCUGGUAAAUACUGCGAUACAAGAGGCAAUCAGAGGCUAAAAUUCUGCAGUGAAUAACUCGCCCCCUUUCUCCACCCUCCUUGAUGAGCACGUUCAAAGCUCAAUACUAUCCAGGACAAAACAACCCAUCCAGCAACUUCAACGUUCACUACUUUCACCAAGGUGCACAGUCACAGCACUAUACCAUUUACAAGAUGCACCGCAGUAACUCACCCAGGUUUCUUUGAUGAUGCCUUCUAAACCCAGGUCCACUAUAGUCUAAGGACCUGGGCAGCAGAUGCAUGGGAAUGCAUCCACUUGUAAAUUCCUGUACAAACCACACAUUUUGACUUGGAACUAUAUUGCCAUCCCUUCUGUGUUGUCAGGGUCAAAAUCCUAGAACUGCCUUCAAAAGAGCAUUUUAGGUGUACCAAAUCCCCACAGAUUUCAUGAGGUUAAAAAGACAACUCUCCACCACCUUCUCAAAGGCCAUUAGGCUGAGCAAUAAAUGCUAGCAUAGCUAGCAACACACAUUUCCUAUGAAUAAAUGUUUUCAAAAAUCAGAUCAUCUUUAGAGUUUCUAUACUCUAGGUUAUAUAGUCUUAGUUUAUCAAAUGGCAGCAACCAGACUUAGUGCAUAUGGCAACUAUAAGGACUUUAUAAAGAUUUAGAAACUUGUUUCUGAAAUCUUCUAACAGUUUUGAGGGAUUCUGUUCAAAUUUUCAUUGUUGUCCCAGUCUACUGGUGCCAUUUUGAAGCAUUAAUCUUGUUUAGACUGUUAUCUUUAUUCAUUUCCGUUGUUCUUGGGGUCAAUGAAAAUGGGGGAUAGUUGAGGCUAGCAGGUGAGAGGAAUCCUUGAAGUGUGUUUGGAAUUCCCUCUCCACAGUCUGUACAGAUAAAUAAUUACAAGGGGGGAUCCUUCAGUAUCAACCAAGCUCUGCAAAUCUUGAGGGGAGUGGACCAACUCUCUUGAUGUUACAAUCUCUUAAAAUAAGUGCGGGCUUGCUUUGAAAUCUCACAUUCCGAUCCUUAGAGGUAAUUGAAAAAAAGUGCUGGCAAAACUUUGCAGGUCUGACAGCAUCUGUGGGGAGGAUAGGAGUAAAGUUAUGAUUCAAAUAUAACUUAUUUGGAACUGAGUUUGAGUUUUGAAGGAGAAUCGUAUAGGAGUCAACAUUAACUUCCCAUUGAUUCCAAUAUCAUUCUACUUGGAGUCUCAAAUGCAAAAAUGAAUUGCAUUGGACUCAAGUGUUAACUCAGCUUUUCUCUCACCACAAAUGCUGAUGCACCUACUAAAUUUUUCUGGCGCUUUCUGUUUUUAUUUCAAAUUUCCAUCAUGUAGAGUAUAUUUCUUUUAGAUUAGAUUAGAUUACUUACAAUGUGGAAUCAUGCCCUUCGGCCCAACAAGUCCACACCGACCCGCCGAAGCGAAACCCACCCAUACCCCUACAUUUGCCCCUUACCUAACACUACGGGCAAUUUAGCAUGGCCAAUUCACCUGACCUGCACAUCUUUGGAUUGUGGGAGGAAACCGAAGCACCCGGAGGAAACCCACGCAGACACGGAGAGAAUGUGCAAACUCCACACAGUCAGUCACCUGAGGUGGGAAUUGAACCCGGGUCUCUGGCGCUGUGAGGCAGCAGUGCUAACCACUGUGCCACCGUGCCUAUCUUAGGGUAGUUUACCCAACCUUCCAGGAUUGCACCAUUGAGCUGAAUAAUGGCUCUGCUCAAGGGCCAAUAAGGAAGAAUGAAUUGGCAUCUUUUCCUGAGCAAUCCAAAAACCAUUAGAGGUAUUCAGGAAUUUCAAGACUUCCUCAUUGUUUAAAACUCAUGCCCUUUACUUUGUAGCCUGACUUCUCUGUCUACCAGAAUGUCAUUAUGUUGGACAGAAACUUGACCUAAUUGAUAGUGUUGCAGAUAUGCCUUAAAUAAAAAGUGAACUUGUAAAUAUGUGACGCUUUUCAGGAUGUUUCAAAGUGCUUGACAAUUGAAGAAGUAUUUUUCAAGUGUUGUGGGGACACUGUAUCUGUACCUACUCAUUGUCCACAAAUUUGCAUUUGAGCUUUCCAUGAAACAUAUUGAUGAAUAAUACUGUAACAGAACUGGUUUUUGUGCUUUUCUUUCCUGAUUGAAUCAUCGGCCUGUUCUCACAUCCCUUAAUGGCAGAAAUUUCAUCUAUGGUUACGUGCACCUUCACACCAGCUCCUAUAGCAUAGUUACAAAAUGAGCAAAGUCUCCAAAAGCUCAUUUCUUCCUAAUGCUUUUAUAAAGACAUUGUAAUUUGAAUUGGUGUUCAAUUAUUCCUUUGUCAUUGUACAAAUGGACAGUUAAGCAAUGUCACCCGAUCCACUGCAGUGACAUCGCAAUAAAUUAGAUACCCCACUAGUGUUUAAAACUGU